AUGGAUAUUAAUGAAAAAUAUAUAGUAUUAGUAACAGGAUUUGGCCCAUUUGGAAAUCAUAUUAUUAAUGCAAGUUGGGAAGCUGUGAAGGAAUUAAAUAAAUUAUGCGCUAAUUCAAAAGAAAUGACGGAUGUUGAAAUAAUCGUAAAAGAGAUUCCAGUUUCGUACGAAGAUGUAACUAUGUAUAUAUCCAAGCUUUGGAAAGAAUAUAAGCCUAUACUAAUUUUACAUACAGGUGUGAGUUCCAAAGCACAGUGUUUAACUAUAGAAUGUUGUGCUCAUAAUAACGGCUACUUAAGACCAGAUAUAUUUAACAAAUGUCCAGAUGAAAAUAAUAUUGAAUCUAAAAUGUUUGAAACUAAAUUAAAUGUUAAGCAAAUAUGUAAUGUAAUUAAUCAAAAUACAGAUGUAAGAAAAUAUAGACAAUAA